AGAUAUGGGAAGGCAGCUCGACGCGGAAAACCCAGGAGUUUGGCUAACAAGGCAAUCUGAUUUAUGAUUCUAAAAAAGAUUACCCCAUCAACCCCUCUCUCCCUCUCUGCCUCCAUGUUCCUCAACCAAUCUCAUUUAUUUCCCUCCAUCAGUUUUGUUGCAUCUCUCUCGUCUGAUCUCUAGGGUUUCUCUUCUUUACUCUUAAAAGUUUCAACAACCCACCCCAGCCUUCCUUAAUGCUGCAUUUGACGGUUUCAGUAUGAGAGAGAGACUGUGGGGGCAUCGCCAUGCACCAGUCUGUCCUUAUUAAUGCCUUCUCUCAGUCUUUUCACCUAUAAAACUCUCCUCCAUUAACACUCUCCAGCUGUACUCUUUUUCUCACUCUCCCUUCCCCCUUCCAUGUUAUGUUCUCUCCCUCUGCCCUCCAUUCCUCCUGCACCUGCACUCAAUCAAUAAUUAGUUUUGCACCGCCAUGACUUUCGCCCCGGAAGCCUUCGUCCUUCGCUGUAAAGGUACCGUUUUGUUCCCCUUCUCCUCCUGACCCUACCUACUUUACUUUUCUCUCCGGCGAAGUAACAGACCUAAACUUUCCCGCAACAAGGCAGAGAAUUUUCCCGGAAAGUUGCGGUGGUUUGCUUGUCACCUUGGUUUACGUCCUCUGCCAAUAGGAAUGGAUACUUGUACGGCCCUCCUGUUUUUGACGGCUAUCACGUUUUACCUUCUCUGGUUCACCUUCAUCUCGCGGUCACUGCGUGGUCCACGUGUGUGGCCCUUAUUGGGUAGCUUGCCGGGGUUGAUUGAGAACAUCGACCGCAUGCAUGAGUGGAUCUGCGAUAACCUCCGCGCGUGUAACGGCACGUACCAGACCUGCAUCUGUGCGAUUCCUUUCCUCGCCAGGAGGCAGGGUCUCGUGACGGUCACGUGUGAUCCGAGGAAUCUAGAGCACAUAUUGAAGGUCCGCUUCGACAAUUACCCCAAGGGCCCGACAUGGCACGCCGUCUUCCACGAUCUGCUCGGCGAUGGCAUCUUUAACUCCGACGGUGACACGUGGUUGUUCCAGCGCAAGACCGCCGCCCUGGAAUUCACCACCAGGACGCUCCGCCAGGCCAUGGCUCGCUGGGUCACUCGAGCCAUCAAGGAUCGGGUCUGCGUGAUCCUCGAGUCGGCUCAGAAAGAGUCCAAGUCCGUUGAUAUACAGGACUUGAUGCUCCGGCUUACUUUCGAUAAUAUCUGCGGCUUGGCUUUCGGAAAAGAUCCUCAGACCUGUGCGCCGGGUUUACCUGAGAAUGGCUUCGCUUCGGCUUUUGACCGAGCCACUGAGGCGUCCCUUCAACGGUUUAUAUUACCAGAGAUAUUGUGGAAAAUCAAAAAAUGGCUCCGGCUUGGAAUGGAGGUAAGGUUGAGCCGAAGCAUCGCUCACGUUGAGGAGUUUUUGUCCAAUGUGAUCGACAAGCGUAAGCUCGAACUGCUCAGCCAGCAAAAAGAUGGGAAUCCGCACGAUGACUUGCUAUCGAGGUUCAUGAAGAGAAAGGAAUCCUACUCGGACAACUUCCUCCGCCAUGUGGCGCUGAACUUCAUCCUUGCUGGACGUGACACUUCAUCAGUUGCCAUGUGCUGGUUCUUCUGGCUGGUUAUGCAAAACCCGAGGGUUGAAGAAAAACUACUGCGUGAAAUAUGUACGGUCCUAAUGGAGACACGUGGCGACGAUGUGGAAAAUUGGUUCGAUGAGCCGUUGGGGUUUGAAGAAGUUGACCGUUUGGUGUACCUGAAAGCAGCCUUGUCUGAGACACUUCGUCUCUACCCUUCGGUGCCGGAGGACUCAAAGCACGUGGUGGCCGACGACGUGCUUCCCGACGGCACGUUUGUUCCGGCGGGAUCGUCUGUGACGUAUUCCAUAUACUCGGCUGGAAGAAUGAGGACCACCUGGGGGGAGGAUUGCCUGGAGUUUCGCCCUGAGAGGUGGCUGUCAAUGGACGGGACAAAGUUCACGAUGCAUGAUUCUUUCAGGUUUGUUGCCUUCAAUGCUGGUCCGAGGAUUUGUUUAGGGAAGGACUUGGCAUACCUACAGAUGAAGUCCGUCGCAGCGGCGGUGCUCCUCCGCCACCGGCUCACAUUGGUGCCGGGCCAUCGGGUGGAACAAAAAAUGUCGCUCACAUUGUUCAUGAAAAAUGGGCUCAAGGUCAACGUGCACCGUAGGGAUUUAAGAGGAGUCCUGGAGAGUAUACAAAGGAAAAUAAGGCAGAGGGUCAUGGAAAGAGUCUCAUGCUAUGAGAUGUGAUGACUUUGUGGCAUCUGGUUCAAUUCUAGUAUAUAGGAGCAAACAGAAUAGAUUUCUAUAUUUUUAAAAAGGGUAUAUUCAUGAUACCUUAUGAAUUCUUAAUUUAUAUAUUAUAAUUGCGGGAGGAUGUCUUUUUGUGGGAUGGUCCUGCUGGGAUUUAUGAAUGUUCUUCGAUCUAUAUAUAGUUUCUUUGUAGAAACCUUGAAAAUAUUCACAUCAUUGUUUCUUUCUAGUUUAUUUGAAUACUGUUCCAAGACGAA